CUCUCUCUGAGACGAACAGGAUUCUGCUUUCCUUCAUUUCGAAAUGGACGCCUCUAUGAUUACCACCAAUUUCAAAUCCAUUGCUUCUCCACCCUCCUUAGUCCUGGGGAAGACAGGAGUUAUCAGAAGUUCUUUAUGUAACAUAACGAUGCCACAAAAGGUUAACUUCCCCAGGCAAAGAACACAAACUCUAAAAGUUAGCCAGAGGAAAGCCAAGAGAGCUACUAGUGGUGGUGCUCUUGGUGCUACAUGCAGUGGUGGUGAUAAGAUUCUUGUGGCUAAUCGAGGUGAAAUCGCAGUUCGUGUUAUCCGAACUGCGCACGAAAUGGGGAUUCCUUGUGUUGCUGUUUAUUCAACUAUAGAUAAAGAUGCCCUCCAUGUCAAAUUGGCUGAUGAAGCUGUUUGUAUUGGUGAAGCUCCUAGCAACCAGUCGUACUUGGUAAUUCCAAAUGUUCUGUCAGCUGCUAUCAGUCGUGGUUGUACAAUGCUUCAUCCUGGAUAUGGUUUUCUUUCGGAGAACGCUCUCUUUGUUGAAAUGUGUAGAGACCAUGGGAUCAAUUUUAUUGGACCUAAUCCUGAUAGCAUCCGUGUUAUGGGAGACAAAGCAACUGCAAGAGAGACAAUGAAAAAUGCAGGGGUUCCCACUGUACCGGGAAGUGAUGGGCUAUUGAAGAGCACAGAAGAAGCAAUCAAGGUCGCCAAUGAGAUUGGUUUUCCUGUAAUGAUCAAGGCAACUGCUGGUGGUGGUGGACGUGGAAUGCGUCUUGCUAAAGAACCGGAAGAGUUUGUAAAACUGUUACAGCAAGCUAAGAGUGAGGCUGCUGCUGCGUUCGGAAAUGAUGGAUGUUAUCUGGAGAAGUACGUACAAAACCCUAGACAUAUUGAGUUCCAGGUGCUGGCAGAUAAAUUUGGAAAUGUUGUUCACUUUGGUGAGCGUGACUGCAGCAUCCAGAGGCGUAACCAAAAGCUUCUGGAAGAAGCACCUUCUCCAGCAUUGACCGCUGAAUUGCGAAAAGCUAUGGGUGAUGCAGCAGUUGCUGCAGCAGCAUCCAUUGGGUACAUUGGUGUUGGUACUGUGGAGUUUCUUUUAGAUGAAAGAGGUUCCUUCUACUUCAUGGAAAUGAACACUAGGAUCCAGGUGGAGCAUCCUGUAACAGAGAUGAUUUACUCUGUUGAUUUGAUAGAGGAGCAGAUUCGUGUUGCAAUGGGAGAGAAACUUCGUUACAAACAGGAAGAGAUUGUGCUCAGAGGGCACUCAAUUGAAUGUCGUAUCAAUGCAGAAGAUCCAUUCAAAGGAUUCAGACCUGGCCCUGGCAGAAUAACAUCAUACUUGCCAUCUGGAGGUCCUUUCGUUAGAAUGGAUAGCCAUGUUUAUUCCGACUAUGUUGUGCCUCCAAGCUAUGAUUCUCUUCUAGGGAAGCUUAUUGUUUGGGCUCCAACAAGGGAAAAAGCAAUCGAACGGAUGAAACGUGCUCUUGAUGACACUAUAAUUACAGGGGUUCCAACGACCAUCAAUUACCACAAACUUAUCCUUGAUGUUGAGGAUUUCAAAAAUGGAAAUGUUGAUACUGCUUUCAUCGUCAAGCAUGAAGAGGAGCUAGCUGAGCCUCAAGAAAUUGUGGCCGUGAAAGAUCUGACAAACGCAGCGGCUUAGAAUGAUACAUCAGCUCUGAAAGACCACCCAAUCACUGCAAUCUUCAACUCCUUUUGUGUUGUCAUUGGUACAAACUUCGGUAAUGAUAAAAUUGAUUUACUAGAGCUUGUGGUUUGAUCACUUUAUGUGAUGUUCUUCUUGUGUCAUAACAAAGAAGAAACACUUUUUGUUUGUAGUCUUUUUGUUUGUAGUCUCUAUGUCAAGAUUAUCCAAUAAUUUUUCAUA